AUGCCAACAUCGAAGAAACCAUCAAAAAAGAUGCCACUGCGCGAUCGGUUCAGACGCUUUUUGGGAGGAUCGUCAGACGAGCCAGACGAGCCCGACAGCCCCGCAUCCCGCACACCUCGUCAGCCUGAGCAUACAUCCAGGAACGCGGAGCCAGAUUCUCAACCCUUAAAUACCCCGAGAGUCUUAGAGCUUAAGGGACUAUGGAAAGAAGCCUAUGAGGACCUUCGAAAAGAUGACUCAGAGCUUCUGGAUGCCUACGAAUUUGCGCUUUCGCGGGAAUGUGAUUCUCAGGCAGCGGAAGAAGCUGACGCUGAUCCUGAGGGAGGAAUGCGAGGUUUCGUCAAGCAUCGGCUUCAGGAGAUACAGGAUUCGCACCUCAAAGUCACUGUAGCGGGCAAGAGUAUCGGUAUCAAAGACCAGGCCCGCCGAGCAGUCCAUGCAAUCCUCAGCGUCAAAGAUUUUAUUUCAUCGGCUGUCAGCACGGAACCGCAUGCCGCACUUGCCUGGGCGGGGGUUUUGGUGCUCCUACACCCAAUACUCAAGUCCUUCACACAGGAGGAGGAUUCUAUAGAUGGCUUUGAACGCAUUUCAGGCCUUCUGGUCCGGUACCGGGUCAUUGAAUGCACGCAUAUCGAGGUCCCAACUAGCAGAACUGGCUCCAGCUCAGAUAAGCCCGUUGAAGAUCUCGAAGCAAGUAUCAGGUCUGAAACGCUGAAGCUCUACUCUAUGAUUCUAAGGUACCAGAUGCGGCUACUGAAGCAUUUCUCGCGGUCUGGGUUCUUCCGGUUCAUAGAAGACUUGAGGGUUACAGAUGAUUGGAGGGAGAUGUUGCAGAUGAUUGUGGGUGUUGAGGAGUCGAUUAAUGGAAAUCUGGGUGCUUUAAGGGGACAUAUCCUGCGGCAAAUUGAGACUGGGGUUGCCCAGCUUAAUGAUCAGUUGAAACUGGCGCAGGACACCAUGAAUGAGGCUCGGGAUGAGGCCAAAGCCGCGAAACAGGACAGUUUACUUAACAGCUUGCCAUUUGCCGGUGGGGCAGCGUUCAACUCAUGGGAGGACCAGCAUAAGGCUAGGUGCCUGGAGGGUACUCAGAACAACACUCUUACUCAGAUCCAAUCCUGGAAGGAGUCCCCAGGCCGAGAGACCAUUUACUGGCUAAAAGGAAUGGCCGGUACAGGAAAGUCCACCAUUUCUCGAACCCUUGCUACAGCCUGUUACGAUCAGACGCCCUUAUUCCAAGGCGCAUCGCAGAAAUCACUUAGCAAUGCGGUUCUCGGAGCGAGCUUUUUCUUCGAUCGGACGAAGCCUGAUCGGAAUAAUGCCAGCAAGCUUGUCACGACUAUCUGCAGGCAAAUUGCGAUAACGAUCCCUGAAAUCAAAGCGGAUAUCUGCAGCUCGAUCUCAAAGUAUCCGAGCGUAGGAACCCAAUCGCUCAAUAACCAGUGGGAAUAUCUAGUCCUUGCUCCUCUCCGAUUGUUUGAAAAGCGUAUAUUGGUGCCUCUGACAUUGAUCACGGUGAUAGAUGCACUGGACGAGUGCGAAGGCGAAGCGGACCUCGCGGCAUUCCUUCAACUCAUCGCCCAGGCACCGCCGCUGACUUCAAUUCACCUGAAAUUCUUUGUAACCAGCAGACCUGAGGCACAUGUGCGCUCUGGCUUUUGUGUCAUCGCAGGAGUCUCUAUCUUCGAAGACGAGCUUCAUAAAGUUGCUUUACUGCCUGACACAUUGACUGCUGACUACAAGGACGACAUUACGCGAUACCUGGAGCACGAGAUCACGAAGCUUACCCCGACAAAAUGCAUCGAUAACUGGCCUGGCAAGAAGAGAAUUCAUGACAUUGCCCGGAAAUCGGACGGGCUUUUUAUAUACGCAGCGACAGCCUGCCUUUUCCUCAGUGGUGCGAAAGGACGCGAGGACCGUCUAGAUAUGCGGCUGAACAUGAUAUUCGAUGACAGGGUGGCGGACGGAUCACCACAGAAAAGCCUAGACGGCAUAUAUACCCGUAUUUUACGCUAUUCGGUAAUCGGUGGUGCGAUCGACGAAGAAAAGGAAUUGAUAUGUCGUCGAUUCAGACAGAUAGUGGGAUCUAUUGUAAUCCUCUUUGAGCCUCUUACCACCGCUGCUCUAGGAUACCUGUUAGGGCAGCCCGUGUCACAAGUCAAAGACACGCUUGGGGAGUUAUAUUCGGUUUUGGCCAUGGGCAACGAGCAACUGCCAAUCCAACUUCUCCAUCUGUCAUUCCGUGAUUUUCUGCUCAACCCGGCCAGAUGCAUUGACCAGAGCUUUUUGGCUUCCGAGAAGGAAACACACACUGCUCUAUUUCGGCACUGCCUCAGUGUUUUGAAGGCCGUCCUGAGGAAGAAUAUUUGCAACCUACCCAGUUUCGGUGUUCGUGCAGCAGAUGUUACUCCUCUUACCCUGCUCCAACACCUGCCCGAAGGCGCUCAGUAUGCGUGCUGGUACUGGCCGGGCCAUCUUCAGCGAGCUGGCCUUGAACCCGCUGAUGAAGACGAGGUUUACAGUUUCCUAAAGACCCACUUACUACACUGGUUUGAAGCCCUUAGCCUAAUUCACAAAUUCUCUGAUGGGAUUGUCGCGGUGCUUAAGCUUUCCGACUAUAUCUCUGCUUUGCCAGGCCCACCCAGGAUGGCUCUUCUUGGCAUACUGCAUGAUGCAAAGCGGUUCAUGCGAAGAUUCAAUUUGGUUAUAGAGGCAGCGCCGCUUCAAGUAUACAGUUCUGCACUUAUACACUCCCCUGAGCGAUCUGUGAUUCGGCAACACUUCAAAGGCGAGAUCCCCAAAUGGAUAAAAAGGGCCCCGGAAGUGAAAGCAGAGUGGGAUCCACUACUGCAGACACUUCACGAUACUCUUAGGCCUGAGGAUCUUGCGCUGUCACCGGAUGGAAAGCGGGUCGCAUCUUCUAAUCUGUGCAUCUGGGAUACAGAAAAUGGAACGCUGCUGCGGGAAUUUGCCCCGUUGGGCGCCGGGUAUCGUGUUGCAUUCUCGCCUGAUGGUCAGUUCGUCAUGUCAAUCUCCCAUCCUGGACACGUCAGGGUGUGGAAUCUGGCUUCGGGGUUGUUGAUACAGGAAGUGGCGAGCUCCCUUGAAAAAACUCAAAAAACUCAUUUGGCUCCGUUGCAUUUAUUUUCGGCGGACCGAAGAAUUGCCGUCAUAGCGUCAUAUACUUUGAAGUUCGAGGUCAUUGAUAUCAGAAACGGGACAUCUCUGAGAAUUAUUGAAGGCCCCAAGGACGAUCUGCUGCACAUGGCACUUUCUAACGACGGCGUGCUCCUAGCCUCGGGCUCUGCAGACGGUUGCGUUAGACUAUGGGAUGUCCGCACGGGCAUCUUGCAGCAUGAGUUUGCUGGACACCUCGAUGCGAUAGGUCGUGUGGUCUUUUCUCCGGAUGAUAAGCUUCUGGCAUCCGUCUCCAAUGACAAGACCGUCAAGGUCUGGGAUCUGGACAAAGGAGAGCAGCUGGCUGAGCUCAGCGGAGAAUUUUUGGACCUGGCAUUCUUAAACAGCGCAAUACUGAUGUGCAGUCAACCAGACCACAGUAACAUCCAACUGUGGGACGUCAUAUCGAAUGAACAGGCGACAUUGCACGGCCCCCGCUGCCAGGGACUCAGACUCUCACCAGAUGGUACGCUACUGACAUCCGUCCAGUUCAGGCGAGUCAACGCAUUCAUUUCGCAAGGGCCAACGGUUGCGGUCUGGAGUCUAGUAACAGGUAAACUGGUCCAUCAGCUUGAAGGCCACUCAGACUACAUUUACAACGCAAUCUUCUCCUCGGACAAUAAGCUUCUGGCGUCUGCGUCGAGGGACGGGACUAUCAGGCUCUGGGACCUUUCUGCACAGGCCAGCUCAGAACGCCCUGAUGGCCAUACCGAGUCUGUGCGCAGCAUUAUAGUCUCACCGGAUCUCCGAGUCGCUGCUUCUCGAGCAGAACUUGGUCGGAUUCGCCUGUGGGACGUGGAGACUGGAUCCCUUCGACAGACGUUUGACGGUGGCCCCAUGGCUGACCCGUCCUUUUCGCCGGAUGGGAAGUCAUUUCUUGUUCCUCUUGGCAAGGAGGUGCAAGUUUGGAGUAUUGCAACCGGCGAAUUGACUCGAUGCAUCAAUCGUUAUUCACGCCACGUCAUCUGUUCGGCCUUUAGUCCGGAUGGUAGUCUCCUAGCACUCAAAUACGCCAAUGCAAACCUGUGUCUAGCCAAGGAGCGAACGCUGGGAGGUACGGUCGAUGGAGGAAACGAUCCUGGAGUCGACACCGAUGAGCUCCAGUUGUUUGGAUGUGGGGAACCCCAUUUUAUCUCCUCAACGAUCAUGCCUCCCGCUGUCGGAAUCUGGAACUCGGCAACAGGCGCUCUGCUGCAGGUGGCCAAGGGGGCUUCUGAAGAUCACGGGUGUCUUGCGUUUUCGCCGAAUGGUAGAUUUCUUGCCUUCGGACCACACCAUACUUCGGUUGAACGAAUAUGGAACGGGGGGUGGAUUGCCAUCUGGGAUGUCCCUAACGGGGAGUUGAGUGUCCUUGGUGAUUUUGUGCAAGACGUGAUUGCCGUUUCCUGGUCCCCGGAUGGGAACGCUCUUGCGUCGAUUAUCGUGGAUGAUACAUCGGAGAGCCAGAUUCAGAUCUGGGACAUGACCACAAGAUCGCUGAAUACAUCAAUUAAACCAGAGACUUGGCCUCAUUUGACGGCCUUUUCUCCCGAUGGACAACUACUCCUGUCCGCGUCCCACGAUGGCACCUACCAAUUAUGGGAAGCCAGAACAGGCACGAUGAUCGGCCAGCGUGAGAGUCCCUGGGAAGCUCAGCGGCUACAAUUUUCCGAAGACGGGAAUAUGAUAGAUACCGGACUCAAUCGACUCGAACUCGCGUCGUUCUACCCUGGUUGGGUCCCAACUAAUAGCACGGAGUUCUUCCUGACUGGUAAUUGGGUUCAUCAGGGGCAAUUGGCCUUGCUGCUGCCGAAUGAUGAUCCUCCAACGUGUGCGGCGACUGCAGAUGGUGUCCUAAUCAUGGGUCACAAAUCUGGUCGAGUGACAUUUCUUCAAUUGGGAGAGGAGUAA